AUGCUUUACCCUGAAGACAAUACCGAUGAUGAGCAAGAAGAUCUGCCUUAUGAAGGAGCUCUACAAAAUACAUAUCAACACAAGUGUGAUUCACGAAACCUAGAAAAUUCCACUUGUGUAGAAGAUGGAUCCCAACAUGUUUUCACCUUGACACCUUCUCACAUGAGCUGUCAUUCAAAAGAAAAAUCAGACUGCAAAACACAACUGCCUGAAACAAAAAUAAAUCUGGCAACAUUACAAAGGGGAAAUGACAUGGAAUCUCCCAAGGCAACAGAGGAGUUACUUGCUUGGGAUGUUAACAGUUCAGGAAGAAAUCAACAUCUAUCCAACUCAAACAUUUCAGAUGUCCUUUUACGCCAUUUUCCCCAAGAGGAAUUAUCAAGUUUGUGCCAAUUGAUUGAUUCUGAGACUCUCCCAGAGAUAUCAUUUACUGAAAGUUUUGAUGAAACUAUCCUAAAUAAAAUUAAGAUUUCAGAAAGUUCAAUAAUAUCUUUACCAAAGGAAGAAGGAAAAAAUAUUGAAUGCUGUAAUUCAGAAACAGAAGUAAAAUUUGAAUCAGUUGACAAAAAUUGGGAUUUGACUGAAGUUAAGCAGUUUGUAAUGGAUAAAAGUGUGAAUCCCACUCGUGACAGAAAAGAUUGUAAAGAAGAUAAUAUUCAACUUGUAAUUGAGAAUGAACAUGCAAUUAAUGAAGACUUCCAUUAUUUCUCAACCCCUAAAGAAGUGUACCAAGAGCACAAAUAUUUUCUGGAAACAACUUCACAUAAUCUCAAAAAUGGUCAACGUCAGGUUCAUUAUCGGCUUCCUGAUUUUUCUAAGGUUGCUCCAAAGGUCAAAAUACCUAAAGGAAAAAAUAGCAACUCAUGCCCUAUACCUAAAAAGACUACACACACCCCAAAUUUGCUUGGUAAAUCAGAAGUUGUGAAAGAUGUUUUAGAAGCAAUGAAUUCUUUGGACUCUGUUGCAAACAAGAAUGAAGAAAAGGGAAUUAGCACACCUGAACUAGACCAACAACUAGAGCUACUGACAAAACAAGCUGAGGCUCAGAAUCAUAUUGAUCACCUAAGAUUUAAUACAAAGGUAAGUCCUGGCAUUAAAUCAGAAAGUCCUGGAAUAACUACAGAAAUGUCUACAGUUCUACCUGUAACAGUCCCUGUGAAGCCCAUGGUUGGUUUUUCCCAGUCACCUUUCUCAGAACUGCAGCCGCAAAGAAUGCUCUCACCAUUACCCUCAGCUGAUGCAGCAAGACAAUCAUCUGGAAAUCAACCUCUGUUGCAAAACAUUACAGAAGAAGAAAAGCUUUCUCAUAUGUUAAAGGAACAGUCAGAAGAGCUAAAAUCAAAAGUGGAAACAUUUUCUAACUGUCUUACACAAGAUGUAUUCCCAGUGGAAGAACGGCAUCAGCUUUUAAGCCUUUUAAAGGAGCAACUAGACAAGCUGGAAUGGAAUUAUUUAGCCACGAAGGAGAAACAUUGUACAUUUCAGCACCAACAUCCCAUGUACUCAUCAAUGAGCAUCGGAGAGUUUGAUCCUAACAGAAAAGUAGAGGGGGAAAUAUUUAAGCUUGGGAUGCUGCUUGAAGAUAUAAAAGAGAAAAUCGAUAAGACUGCCUGCAGCCCACAUUCCUCUGCUUUUGUAACAUCACCAUCAUUCACACCCUGUGAAUCUGCUUCUCCCUAUUCAAGUUGUUCUGAGAGUCCAGCGGUUUCAAACAUUAGUGAGUCCCCACAAAAGACUGCUUCUAGCAUGAAUAUUGCUAAGAAUAAAAAGCAUGGAGACAAAAGAAGUCAGCCUAUGGAGAUGAUUCCACCGAGAAUGUAUCAGCAAUCUAAUGAAGGUAGCCAACAUCAUCGCUUUCAUCAGAACCAGCUAGAGCUGCAAACUAAACAUACUUGUGAAGAUAUAGUGAAUCCUCUGGAAAAAUCAGGACUCAAAGGAAAUAAGCAAUCUACUCAUCAACACUGCUCCUUUUCAACCGUUAAAAAGGCUGGAGGGCUACAAUCCCACAAACCACUUAUAGGCAGAGAAAAUCAAAAUGAUUACAGUAAUCAAGAAAACACAGAUGGUAAUUUAAGUUAUUGGGAAAUGAGAUCUCCACCCCCAGCCAACCCAUACAAUACCAGCAAUCAAGAAUCCAAUGUGACUAUAUUGAAAAAACGAGGAAGCUUAACUUAUCCUUCAGAUCACAGGUUUCUUGAUGAGUUGAGGAAUCCUGCAAAGGAUCAUAUUAUUAUACAUCCUAGAAUGAAAAUACAGUUAUCAAGUAGACAUGUUUGUCCCUGUUCUUCCAGCAGAAAUAAAAAAAUGGAGCACAGGAAAACAAUAAAAGAAAAGCCAGACUGUGAAAGGUACUCUAUCUUCUUAGAAGGAAAAGCGAUGGAUUUAGAUUUAUCAGGUAGUGACAUCGAAGACACUUCGUUCUCACACCUUCUAGACAGUUCAAGCAGUGAAGUAUGUCCGGAAAAGAGUAUUAAAAGUCAUGAAUCAUGGACAAUGGGUCUACAAGAACAAAAUGAAGCUAGUUCGCAGAAGCAAAGCAUCAACCUUCAAAGGAUAUAUACAAAGAAACAACCAGAAGAGUUUAUAGAAAGGCUAUGUGACAGACAAAAUCUACAUAUUCCCCAAACUCGCUACUCAAGGAUGCAUGAUACUAUUAUCCUUUCACCACAAUACCUCACUAGUAGGAAUAUUCAUGGAAGGUCAGUAUGCGGUCUGAGAAACAGGCACAUCAAGGAGACACAUUCAAAGAUAUUAAGCUCCACUUUGGAUGAUGUUAUACAGACUGCAAACAAUUUGAAGAAAACUACAGAACACAUGGUGCAAGUUGUUUCAGAAGAUUUAGCCAAGGCCAAAAUUCAGACACUUUCCAGUCUUGCAGCUAGCCAAUACUAAAUCUGAAAGUGUUUUGAAAACUGGCAGAACUAUAUUUGAAAGAGAGACUAUUGGAAUGUGUAAAGAAUGAAAAUGUACCAUU